AGUGCAAUUCCCUCCCUUGCUUUCCCAGACAUGGACGCGUCGCAUCUACCUGACAUAAUGGACGUGGGUUCUUCGCCGUUUCAACGACCAGAACCAGAUGAUCCUGAUGUCGACCUCGACCCGUUUCGCGAUCCUUCUGUCAUCGAAGAUGAGAUGAUUGAUUACCAGGCCGAUCUGGUGGAUCAAAACGAUGGCUUAAUGCAAGAUCUGCCCGACGACGAUAUGAUUGACCAGGCAAGUACCACAGCACACGAUUUCGAUUACAAUAUGGCUUCGUUUGUCGAGCAGCUUCCGGCGGAGGAGGAUGAUAUCCUGUACGAGGAUGACGAGGAGAAUAACGACGAUGUUGAGGCCCAGCCGGACGUAGACCAAGUUGAAGCCAAUGUCGCAGCCACCGAUGAUCAAACCAACCCCGGUGGACUCGAUUCUAUCAAUGCCCUCCAGAACGAUGACGAAUUGACUACUCAAGAUCCCACUCACGACAAGCCCCAAGAUAGUUCCUCCGCAAUUGAUAAUCUGGAUCACAUACAGGACUCGACCGAUUUCGUUCCACCUCAACUCGACGAGGAGCAAGAUGCGGAAUCCUCCUCCGGUUAUCCAGAGCAGAUCUCGAAAAAUUCCGAACCACAAGAAGACAAUCCUGCACCUGGAACAGGCAAGCACGAGCCACUGAUUCCACAGGACAUUACGCGUGACGAUGCAGAUGCCCAUUCAGAGGUUGUCCACGACACAAAUGAAACUCAAAUCCAAAAGACCAGUAAUGUCCAUCCUGUUACUUUGGUCUAUCUGGAGGAAGAGAUGUCUUUAUUUCCCCCGAUGCUUGGAGAUGAAUCCACAGUCUACUUCCUCUCUGAUCCUUCACUUGCCUUUGAACCUCUUGACAAACUCCUAGCUGCGUGCCGUGAAAUCUUGACCGGUACACUUGAUCAUCACGAUGAGCUUGUCCUUGAUGUCCCCGGCUUAGGUCUUCACAUCUGCGAGGAUUCCAAACACUCUGCGAAGAUCACUUUGGCCGAUGUGCUCGAAGUAUAUCUGAAUCUCUGCCACAAUGAUGUGGAUGGCCCGUCUGAACCUUUGUACUGCCAUCUCAGCAGUCGGGUGAGCCUUGCAUCGCAAUACGCUUACCUUGCUUCUGCUGGUGCCGACGGGAAGACUUAUGCCGAAAUAGCAGCCGACCACAUUGAUACCCCUCUCGAAGACUCAACCCAUUCGGCUGGGCAGGUCGAGACACGGCAAGAUCAAAACGAAAGUGUGAAUACUACUGUAUAUCAGGGUGAAAAAGUUUCAGAAGCUGAUUCUCAUGGUUUACCGCCCGCCCCGAGUAGCGACGGCCAAGUUCAAAUGAAUGAAGACAGUAUCGACACUCAACAUGCCACAGAGGACACCAUUGAAGAUGCCGAUGAACCUUCCCAACCUCAAGACCGCGGCGUUCGAGCCCUUGAACAAGACGCAUCGGCUGACGCUGUAUCAGCCGUUGCCCACCAUUUGCAUUAUGAAGACCAGGAGCAACACGCUGAUAUUAGCACGCUUGAUGAUGAAGAUCAAGAGGCGAACCAAGAGGAAAGUAAACAUGAACAGGUCCAUGAAAUCGAGACCAAUAGCUCGCAUACUGUUGAAGCAUACCAGGACGAUAUUGGGAACCAAGAACUAUACGACGAAGUCGAGGGCGAAGACCUUUUUAGUGUGGCGAAUCCAGAUCAGCAGGGCUUCGUUGAUCAGCAGGAGCAUGCCGAGUAUGACGAGAACUUUGGCGAGGAAGCAUCCUUUGCAGAAGACGCGGUUGGUCAAGAAGUCAGCCAACCUAUGUCUACUCUGAUACCAGAAGAAUUUAAUACCCAAAUCUUCCCAGCAGCGGUUGAUCAGGAGCCAGUCAAGGAUGACAUGGCUGCUGUGGGUCUGGAUGACUGGGAUGAUGAAGCCGAGUCUGGUGUCAAUGCCAAGCAGGAAGGCGAAGUGUCGGUUGUACCAAGUCCACCCAUUACACCAUCCAAAGCCAAGCUUGCCAAAAGGAAAGCCGAGGCUGAAGAUGAUCUUGACUUUUUGGACAUCAGCACACCGGAGCCAAAGCGUCGACGACCGUCUUGA